AUAUCAGACUCUAAUGUUAUGUUUCAUAUAUUUACAGGCAGAACCGGAGCUAGUGUGCUGCGAUCUGUACAAUUGGGACGACGAUACAGAAGCCUGCGUACCAGACUGCGAACACGGAUGCAUACACGGAACAUGUGUCGCUCCGAACCAUUGCGUGUGCGCACCACCCAUGAUCCUGCACAACAGCACCACCCCUAACACCUGCUUACACCCCGUCUGUGAUCAACCUUGUAUUAACGGAAACUGUACAGCUAACAACCAAUGUACUUGCAAUAUAGGCUUCAAACCAAUAGAUUUAUACACCUGUGUUCCUCACUGUACCAACUGUAGUAACGGUGAUUGCGUCAGUCCGAAUGUCUGCAACUGUCAUAGAGGCUAUACUAAGAAAGAUGGUAAAUGUACGCCUCAGUGCAAAAGUGACUGUAGAUAUGGAUACUGCUCGGAACCUGACAAAUGCACUUGUAAUGAUGGAUACGAAUUAAAAGGUGAUAAAUGCGAGCCUAUGUGUGAGAGCUCUUGCCAAAAUGGCAACUGUAUAGCACCGAACACUUGUGAAUGUAAACUGGGAUAUGUAACAAAGAAUGGACAUAAAGAUAUAUGCAUACCUAAAUGCAGUAGCAAUUGUAAUAAUGGAUACUGCUCUGAACCUGGUAAAUGCACUUGUAAUGAUGGAUACGAAUUAAGAGGUAACGAAUGUCGGCCAGUUUGUAAGAAAUCCUGCCAAAAUGGCGACUGCAUAGCACCGAAUAAGUGUGAAUGUAAUGAAGGAUUUGAACCUAAGAAUGGACAUAAAGAAAUAUGCAUACCGAAAUGUAGUAGUGGUUGUAGCAAUGGAUACUGCUCUGAACCUGGUAAAUGCACUUGUAAUGAUGGAUACGAAUUACUAGAUAAUAAAUGUCAGCCAGUUUGUAAAAAACUUUGCCAAAAUGGCGACUGUAUAGAACCCAACAAGUGUAAAUGCAAAGAAGGAUAUGAACCUAAAAAUGGACAUAAAGAAAUAUGCAUACCUAAGUGCAGUAGCGAUUGUAAACAUGGAUAUUGCUCAGAACCUGGUAAAUGCACUUGUAAUGAUGGAUACGAAUUACGGGGUACUAAAUGUCAGCCCGUUUGUAAGAAACCUUGCCAAAAUGGCAUCUGUACAGCACCGAACACUUGUGAAUGUAAAAUAGGAUAUGAACCUAAGAAUAGACACAAAGAAAUAUGCAUACCUAAAUGCAGUAGCGAUUGUAGCCAUGGAUAUUGCUCAGAACCUGGUAAAUGCACUUGUAAUGACGGGUACAAAUUAAAUAACAAUAAAUGUGAGCCAGUUUGUAAAGAACCGUGCAAGCAUGGAAAUUGUGUAGAACCAGAUACAUGCAAAUGUUUGAAAGGAUUUGAAGAAGCUGGAGACACCUGCUCGCCUAAAUGUGAUUUAUGUACUAACGGAGUCUGCAAAGCUCCUAACACGUGUGAAUGCAACAAAGGUUACAAUCAUACAGAUAAAGGUUGCGUCCCGAUAUGCGAGAAAAUUUGCGUUAAUGGCUAUUGUUCAGCUCCAAAUGAAUGCACCUGCAAUACUGGAUUCACUCAAGAUACAUUAGAUUCUUCCAUUUGUUACGAAAAUUGCGGUCCUGAUAUGGAUUUGAUCAAUGGAACCUGUGUUGUGUCUCUUCCACCAAAUCCGGAAAUGUCAUCAGGAACGGGGCUGGCGAGUAUGCAGAUGACAUGGAUUGUAGGAGGAGCCGUACUUCUACUACUGAUCGUGCUAGUACUGGUGGUGAUAAGCCGCCUCUAUGCUAGGAAAUUACCACAGAAGACACCUGAAGAUGGUCCCUACGGCAGCGUAGCGUACACCGUCCCGAACACCUUAUUCCGAAAAGACGAUCUCAUCGAAGAAGAGGAAACAAACGAUGCUCUCUUGGACAGAGGAACCAGCGCUGUUUAGUUCUUACAUAGUUUUAAAUCAGCCAUACUCAACCUUUUCUAUGAGGGCCACAACGAUUUGCCUUGUAGCACCGAGCCACAAUAUUAAUUUGCUUAAAGGUGAUCGGAUGGCAAGGAUCUAUUGUGGGUUACCUGGCGGGCCACCUAAAAAGCUGUAAUCAAUCAUAAUCAUAAUCUUAAUCAUCAUAAUGUAGGUUGAGUAUCGCUGUUUUAAAUACUUACAGAUGUGCAUGUUGCGGAAAGUUACGAAAUUCUUGGAAAAUCAGUAAAAAAAUCGCCAAAAAAUAUAAAGGAAGUUUUUGUUUAAGAAAAGUCAAAUUUCCCCAACUAU